UACAGCGGAGAGCGCCGUCUCUCUCUCUUUCCCUUCCAUUCAACGACGCCAAGCGAAACCGAAAAACAUCCACGCGCUCCGCCCUCCCUCUCCCCCGGCGCCCCUCCGCCCUCCGGCCCGGCCGCAAACCCUAACCCUAGAUGGGCGCCGUCACCUCGACGGUCGCGGCCCGCUUCGCCUUCUUCCCGCCGAACCCGCCGUCGUACGGGGUGGAGCUACCGCCGCCGCCCCCUGCCGCCGCCGCGGCGCCGGCGGCGGGGGCGGCGGCAGCGGAGGGGGAGGAGGUGAAGGAGAAGGGAGGCGGAGGCGGAGGCGGAGGCGGCAGCAGGGUGGUGGAGCUCACCGGCGUGCCGCGGAGGGGCAACGUGGAGGCGCGGCGGCUGCGGACCAAGCGGGGCACGGAGGUGGUCGCGAUGCACGUGCGCCAGGCGGGCGCCAAGCUCACGCUGCUCUACUCCCACGGCAACGCCGCCGACCUCGGCCAGAUGUACGAGCUCUUCGUCGAGCUCAGCUCGCACCUCAACGUCAACCUCAUGGGCUAUGACUAUUCUGGUUAUGGGCAAUCCUCUGGGAAGCCUAGUGAGCAGAACACUUAUGCUGAUAUAGAAGCUGUAUACAGAUGCCUCAUAGAAACCUAUGGAGCUUCUGAGGAUAAUAUCAUUCUUUAUGGCCAAUCGGUGGGCAGUGGUCCUACUUUGGAUUUAGCAUCCCGAUUAACUCGUUUGAGAGCAGUUGUCCUGCAUAGCCCGAUUUUGUCUGGCUUAAGAGUGAUGUAUCCUGUAAAACAUACAUACUGGUUUGACAUAUACAAGAAUAUCGACAAAAUUCCAUUAGUCAGGUGUCCUGUGCUAGUGAUACAUGGUACAGCGGAUGAGGUUGUUGACUGUUCCCACGGGAGGGCUCUGUGGGAACUUGCUAAGGUGAAGUACGAGCCGCUAUGGAUCAAAGGCGGAAACCACUGUAACCUUGAACUGUACCCGGAGUACAUCAAGCACCUGAAGAAAUUUGUGGGGGCCAUCGAGAAAUCACCGCCCCCGCCUCCGAUCGACGAGUCUACGGAGGCCUCGGGCCCGUCGGACCGUGCCCCGACGGAGCCCGAAUGCGCAGCGGAUGAUUCGAGGAAAAGCAUAGACUGCCGGGACAAGGCGAGGCCGAGCGUAGAUCAGAGACACAGCACGGAUCGGCGGGAGAAGGCAAGGGGCAGCACGGAUCGGCGGGACAAGGGCAGGAAGAGCGUGGACCACCCCGAGAAGCCCCGGGUCAGUGUCGACCAGCCUGAUCGGCCGAGGAAAAGCAUCGACCGGUUUGGGGGCAUGAUGAAGUCGGUGAGGCUGUGCAAUAUCGAUUGUUUCAAGGUGACAGCAACUUCCGGGAGCUGAUGGGAGGAGGUAGGGAGGGGAGGGGGGCGGAUAGCGACAGAGAGGAAAAAAAGGGUAGUCUUGGGAGCGUCUGUAUGUAUUUUCCCGUCGUGUAACUUAUUCAAUUGGGUGAUUGGUUUGGGCUGUAGCGGGAGGUGUGCGUGCGCCUGUGUUUUUUGCAUACAAUGGGGGCUUGUAUUGUUUCCGUUGGAUUGUUCUUUCUUUUCUUUAAGGUGAAAUAAUAAUUUGUUGAUAA